GCAGGUGGGUUUGGGUGUGCGGGGCGAGGCCUGAGGCGUUUGUGAGGCGGCGUCUCUUCCUCCUCCUCCUCCUCCUGCUCGGCUCUUUCCGGCUGGGACUCGGCUGAAGCGAGGAAGGCAGGAAGGCAGGCAGGACUCGCGCCGGGUCGCCUCGCUCCCGGCUCUUCGUGGAGUUGCUUCAGAUUUUGCCACAAGGAUAUAAGCCGUUUGAGAGAUCCAGGACAUACUAAGGGAUUAUCUGCUUAAGCUUUCAGGCCCGGAGAGGUGCUGAGCCAUGGCUGACUUUGACCACAACCUCAGCCUCGCGGACGCCCUGACGGAACCCCCUCCGCAGAUUGAGGAGGAAGUGAAACGGGAUUUCAUGGCCACUCUGGAGGCAGAGAAGUUUGAUGAUGUGAUUGGAGAGAAAGUGGACAAGACGGACUACGUCCCUCUUUUAGACGACGACGACCCCAAGGCCCCUGGGAGCCAGGAGGGGAAAGCCAAGCCUCACGUGGACAACGCCUCGGCCGAGCGCAAGUCGGCAUCUGGACCAGCCGCUGUGGUGGAGAAUGGGGACCAUGGAGUCGAUGGCAGCCGGAAGGUGUCCAUAGGAAAGAUCAUGGAUGAAAAGAUGUCCUGCCAGGAGUUUCUGGACCGCAAUGACUCCUGGACGAUGGAGGACCGAGGCCAUUGCUUUGAGCCCCAGCCAGCCUUUAAGCCCAUGGAUGUGACAGAGCCUUUCAAGAUGAACCGGGAGGACGUCCUCUCUGACCUGCUGCUGCUUCCCCAGGAAAUGAUGAACGUGCCGCCCUUCGGGGGGUAUUUUGGAGCUCCCAGCGAAGAAAGCCCUGCACCUUUCGGAGUUUCGGGAGUCCCUGAGCAGCCCCACCUCCUGGGAGCCCCACACUCUCCUGCCCAUGUUUUUGACCCACUGUCUUUCCUGGGCGGAGACACAGGGGCAGAGACACGGCUGAACCAGAACCAAGCAGCACCCGCACAAGUAGUGGGACCUCCCGAAGAUUUCUGGAUGGGAGCUCAGCACUUCAUGGGAGGGCAGGGAGCCCCUUUCUUUGAGCCUCCAGUGCCCAGCCAGAUCCCUGACAUGGCAGCGAUGCAUGGGCUGGGAAGCCCCUCUGCGGGACUGGCCGACUUCAUGGGGCAGCCAAAACUGUCUCCGUUGGCAGCCCCUCUUUCUCCGGCUGGUGCAGGUCCUGCUCCUUCAGUCGAUGAGCUGGUGGGCUUCGAACCAUCGUUUAGCCACAAAUCCCUUCUGCCUAAAGAGUCUCCAGCAGGUUCUCCUGAAGCGGCUGGAACUAAGGAACCCAAAGCCAAGGCCACGGACGCCACAUCCCCAGGUGCAGGCAGCUCCCCUGGACUGGGAAACCCCGGAGGGAGCAAUCCUCUUCCAGGCCAGAACAAGGAGAAGGAGGAAGGCUGCCUGUCUCCCAACAAGGAGGACGCAGGCAAGCCUUCCUCCAGCCAGAAGUCGGAAGAGAGUAAAGCUCCGCUCGGCCUUGCAGUGGAGGAAAAGGCAGCUCUGGCCCAACCUCUCGGCCAGAAGGAAGAAGAGAGUAAGCCCUCCCUCACCCUCUUUACAAAGGAAACAGAGAGCAAACUGCCCAGCCCCAAAGCAGAAGAACCCAAACAGACAGAAAAGGCCAAUGAGGCCAAGGGCACUCCCACCGAGAAGGCUUCUCCUGCCCAGAAAGUUGAAGAACCGAAGGCUUCCCCUCCCAAACAGGCAGAGAAAGCGGAAGAGGACAAGGCCGCCCCUGCCCCCAAACACAUAGAGAAAGUGGAGGAGAGCAAAUCUCCUUCUGACCCAAAACAUCCAGAGAAACCAGAGGAGAGCAAGUCUCCUUCUGCGGCCAAACAGGCAGAGAAGCCAGAGGAGAGCAAGGCUGUGCCUAGAGCGGAGGCAAAGACCCCUUCCUCCCCCAGCCCACAAGCAGAACAGUUCCUAGGGCUGGAGAAACCGGAGGAGAAGAGCAAGAAGGCUCCCGCUGUGUCUCCCGAGAAGCCAGAGGAGCCAAACCCGCCACCGCCACCGCCAGCCAAACCCGUGGAGCAUCCUCCAGAGCCUGCAGCAUUGAAAGAAGCCGUGCCCCCAGGAGAGUCCAAGGCAGAGGCCAAAGAGACUUCUCCGGAGAAGCCGGCCCCUACUCCCUUGGAAGCAGCCAAGGCCAAGGAAGCGCCUGCGCCUUGCCCGGAGAAGCCUCCAGAGGUGGCUCCAGAGAAGGCCUCCCCAGAACCUGCAGGUGCUCCUUCGGCCCAAGUAAGACAAGCUAACAAGCCCAGUGACCACCACAGGUUCAGCAGAACAAAAUCUGCCCGAGUAACAGUGGCAGAUGCCCCGGAAGAGCCCCUGGUAGGUUUCCCGGCUCAGAAGAGUCACGACCGAGGAGGAGACCCCUCUUCCGUGGCGGAAUAUGGCCCUCCUGCUGGAACAUCCCCUCGGAGCAGGGCUUCCCCAAGGAAGGCAGCUAGCCAGCCCUUGGAGUCCGGGGAGGCCCCAAGGGACGUUUUGCGAGAGGCCUGGGACCUGGAAGCCUCGGCAGCCUUGAAGAAGAAGAAGAAGAAACCCAAACAGAAAAGGGCCCAGCAGCAGCCAAGGCUGGCAGAGACCUUGGAAGGCAAUGCUGAAAGGCUGCAGGCUCCGUGUGUCGAUGAACCCCACAAACCGGAGCCUCUUGAGAGUGCAAAGGCAUGCUUUGGUCCUUCCACAGAAAUUCUUGGGAAGGAGGCUUCUUCCGUGCAGAGAGGAGACACUCAGAGCCUGCCCACGGUUCCUGCCAAAGGAGAGCCUCCCCUGCAGGUGGAAGGCCCUUCCAGGCUUGGGAUGGAUGCAAAAGCAGGUGAAUCCAGCAGCGUGGAAGUGAUGAGUGAUGACAGAUUAAUGUUGCAGUCGAAAAGCAAACAGAAGGAAUCGUCUGAGGAAGAAGAGCGGAAACACCAGGCUCAGCAGAACAAGCAAGGAAACCCUGCCAGUUUUGGGGGAAUAGCUCCCUUUGGGAAAAGCACAGAGUCAGGAGGACCCCCUCUCAAGGACCUGCGCCCCGAUUUGCAGACCGGCAAGAAUGGUGAGGACAAGCCUUCAGUGACAGUUCAGAAAGUGGGCCCAGCUCCUUGGGGAGAAGGCUUGUCAAAGCAGCCAAAGGAGAAGGAGGAGGAAAAGGGCAAUGUGGCUGGCAAAGAAGUCACCAUCUUUCCUGCUGAAGUCCCAGCUGCCGAAAAGAACAAGGGAGGAGACUCCCCAGAGAAACCCAAGCAAAGAAGUCCUGUCGCCUGGGAGUCUCUGCCAACAUUGGGCCCCUUGGGGGCACUUUCAUCCCCAAAGACAAAGGAAAGCAGUGCCACCAAAAGUGAAACACUUGAUGAUGGGUCUGCAGAAACACUCUUGGAAACGAAGCCCGACUCAGCCAAGCCCCUUCCUCCUGCUGAGCCCAUUGAGGGUCUGAAAGUUCCUUUCACCAACACCAACAAGGGAGCCUGCCUCAGCCCUUUGGAAGAGCCAGCUGGGCUCUUGCCCAAGACCGGGAGCGACCAGGCCAAGAAGAGGGGCAGCGACGGGAAAAGCAAGAGGGGGAAGAACCACUCGGAGCAGCGAGCGUUCCUUUUGGAGGGCAAGGCCAAUUCCAGCAAGGCCCCAGGUGCCCAGGAAGCCGAGUUGGUGGCCAAAAGCAUCGAGGUGGGCUUCUCCAGUGCCGUGGAGAACAAAACCCCUCUUAGCUCUGGAGGGCUGGCAGAGAAGCCCAAGAAAAGGAACAGUGAAGGGAAGGGGAAAAGAUCUGCCGAGAAAAGCUCCCUUGGGCCUUCCUUCUUCUUGGACAUGGGGAAUGGCUCAGGGCAAAUCCAGUUUGAAGGGAGCAGCCCUGAACAGGCCACAGGCCAUGGGAGAGCCGGGACUGGUCUCUUUGCUGCCAGCCAGGCAUUGGAAACUGCUGGAGAUGCAGCAAAGCUGCAAGAUGUCACAACUACACCUGGAGGGGAAAAGGUGUCGAAGGCUCCAACCAGGCCGACCGAGGACUGGCUUGACUUCCCUCCCUCAGCAUAUCCCUUCAUCUUGGAAAUGCCAGGUAAAGAGACAGGGCACCCUGCAUUUCUUGAGGAGAGUGCCCAGGCCAAGGGGUCUGCCAUACUGGAUACAGGCGAAAGGCUCCCCAUUUUAGAGAGUCCCCCCAGCCUGGAUCCUGUGUCGCUGUUUCCAAUGAGCAAACCCAAAAAGAGGGGCAGUGACGGGAGAAGCAAGCGGGCUGGGAGAAGUCCUUUGGAGCAGCCAUUCCUCUUGGAGACUCUUGAUAUGAAUCAGCCCACCAAGGGUGCGGGGAUAAGCAGAGAAAUGGGCCCUGCUGGUAAAGAUUUGCUAUCUGGGGCGGCCCCAUUGCUGGAACCAUCUUGUGAAAGUCAGGCACUGCUUCCUGCUACAAAACAGAUGGAGACAACCAAGGGAAAGAAGAGUGAGGCCUUGAGCAUGGCUACAGAAAGCAGUUGCUCGGAGCAGCCUCCCGCUUCUGAUUGGAAAACGCUCUGUUUCAAGCCAGAGAAGAUGAUUAAAGUCAAAGAGGCACCUUUCACUGAAAAAGGGCAGGAAACCAAGCCUGGGUUGGAGGUGGAAAAUGUAAUAGAUACCCUGAAAUUGCACGCUGAGCUUGUGGCGGAAGAGCCAAAGGGGCAGACUGUGGAAGGGCAAGGACAUCAAGCUCAUAGCAUUUUGGAGGCAAAGCCAGAGCCAGUUAAACUCGGGAUUGUGGAUCCUAAGAUGGUUACAAAUGAGAACGCAACGGCAAAAGAAUUGGAGCAUCUCUUGGAGCAUUCAAAAGCGGCUGGCCUGGCCACUGUUGGAUCACUUCUCAAUGAAGCUCCUGUAGGUGCGGGAGAGGGAAAAGGCAGAAAAAAUGAGUUGUGUUUGGAAGAACCCUUUCUUUUGGGGGCCAAGGAAGAAGCAGGUCGGGAUUUGGAAGUUGAAAGAGAGGCCAAGUCAAGAGACCUCUCUUCCCCCAGAUGCAACAAGGAGGAAAGAGGCAGCGGCUCAGAGUUUGCAAACAAACAGGAUCCCAUCAGCACGAGGCCCAUCAAACGUGGCAAUGACCGGAAAGGCAAAAAGGCUGCCAGUGGCCCUGCGCGGUCCGUGACCCUUCAGGCAAAGGCAGAACCCAGCAAAGGGCCAGGGCCAGAGUAUCCCAUGGGGGAAACCGAGUUCAUGGAUGAGAACAGAAACAUUAAGAGCCUUCCUCCAGGGCAUCGGAUGCACUGGGAGGAGAAUACAGAACGCUUUUUUGGACCCUUCGCUCCAUCAGUCACUCUUAAGGAAAGUCAAGGACUGGGCUGCCCCUUCCUAGAGGGCAAGCUGGAUGGCGACCUAAGCAAGGGACAGGUUUUCCUUCCUGAAAUGCCAAAGGAUGCCAGCAAAAGUGAGCGGAAGGAUCAGCAGGAACUCCAAGAGAAUUUGGCAAAGCUGGAAGGUCCUGAGGCUCCAGUGGAGGCUUCCCUUUUGAUGAAAGCAGGUGAUGAAACCAGAGAGAAGAGGAAGAGAGGUAAGCGGCCCCCACUGGAUAGACUCCCCACACCGGAGGCUGGAGCAGGGAAGGAUCUGGCCGCUUCUUCCGUUGCAGCAGAAAGUGGAGGGGAACAACACGCGCAAGACUCCGGGCAUGGUCUAACCAAACUGCCAGUGGAGGGGGUGCCAAAGAUGGUUGCUGUUACAACAGAAGGAGACAGCUUUGCUGGAAGAGGUUCCAACUUCCCUCCUGUGGAGUUGCCAUCCCUUUGGGAGAGCAAGAAAGAAGCAGCCACGCUUGAGGCCCUGACUGCUGCCCUCGUGGGUGGUAGUGCCCAAGUGUUAGCAGAAAGUAAGGAAGGAGCAGCAGACCAGGAGGCCUUUGGAUGUCUUGAUGGCUCAGGAAGUCAGGCCCAGGCAGAUAAGGCCCCAGAGGAUGCACACGCAGAGGAAGCACCUCCUGCUAACAAACCCAGAGACCUUGCUGAGCAUCUGGAGCCUGAUGAUGAUGUGAAGGAGCCAACACUCAGCCCACCAGCCCAGACAGCCAGCAAGGAGGACGCCAGUCAUUUGCAGAAGGCGCUUGAGCCGAAAGAAGCACAGAGUCCUGAGUUUGAUGCCGGGGAGGGCUCCGUCUUGAUCCAGCGGGCUGACCAAGUGGAAAAAGAGCCCAAAAAGGAGGCAAGAGCCAAAGCCCCUCCACCAAUGAAAGGCUACAUGAGACCCACCAAGUCAAGAGGGCUCCCUCCUCCGCCACAGAAGGUCACGGUGAGCCAGCCGGGCAGGAGAAGGCCGGGCCAAGCUGACAGCACAGCCUCCCUGCACAGGCAAGAGAAAGCCAAACCAGAAGAGGUGAAGCCGGCCACGGAGGUUGCCACCGCAAAUGACGUGACUGCCCCGCCCAGCAAGGAGCUCCCUCCGAGCCCCGACAAGAAGGCCAAGACUCCAGCCUCCACUCCGGCAGCCAAGCCUGCUGCCGCGGCAAAAGCCAAGCCCGCCGCCACCGCCACCCCUGGCACCAAGCGGCCGGCCUCCGCUACGCCCGGCCCAAACAAAAAGGCCACCAGCCCCACUGCCGGCCCAGCCGCAAGCCCUGCCACCGCUGCCGCCCCUAAGCGCCCCGCAACCAGUGCAGCACGACCCUCCACCUUAACUCCCAAGGACUCCAAGCCAAAGGGGACAGACGUCAAAAGCCUGGACAAACGGACCUCCCCUUCGAAGCCUCCGUCUGCCACAACCCCUCGGCCGAAUGCGAAAAGCAGCCCAGCCGCCCCCAGGCCAUCAACAGCCCUCUCAGCUACCAAGACAGAUGCAAAGCCCUCUGAUGCCAAGAAGACCACCACAAAAUCACCCUCAGCCGACUUAAGCCGCCCGAAAAGCGCCCCGGCCUCUGCUGCUCCUUCCCUGGCUACCGGCGGAGCUGCUGCUGCUGCCACUAGCCGGCCCAAGGCCAAGCCAGCCGUGCCCAAGGCCUCCGGGAUGGCAAAUGCCGCGGCUGAUGCCAAGAAGGCCUCCACAUUCAAAGCUGCUGCACCAAAAACCAGCCCUGCUCCCAAACCCCCGCGGCCCCCAACCAGCAUCUCCGCCCCUGACCUGAAGAACGUCCGGUCCAAGAUUGGAUCAACGGAUAACAUCAAGUACCAGCCGGGCGGAGGAAAGGCCAAAGUAGAGAGAAAGGCAGACUCGGCCGGGGCUGCCCGAAAGCCUGAACUCAAUGCAGCCUCUAAGCCGGCUCCCACUAAAACAGCUCUUUCAAAAGAGGGUGCCCCAAAGCAGCCCAAUGGGAAAGUCCAGAUAGUCUCCAAAAAAGCCAACUACAGCCACGUCCAGUCCAAGUGUGGGUCUAAGGACAAUAUUAAGCAUGUCCCUGGAGGUGGGAAUGUUCCAAUUGCCCCCAAGCCAGCCACGGGCCACCACUCCCAGCCGUCUACCGGCCCCAGGCCCAGCCAGGGCAGUACCAAUGUGCAGAUUCUAAACAAGAAAAUUGAUCUUUCUAAAGUGUCCUCAAAAUGUGGCUCAAAGGCAAAUAUCAAACAUAAGCCAGGAGGUGGAGACGUGAAGAUUGAAAACCAGAAGUUGAACUUCAAGGAGAAGGCCCAGGCCAAAGUGGGCUCCCUGGACAACGUGGGGCACAUCCCAGCUGGGGGCACAGUGAAGAUUGAGUCCCACAAACUGACGUUCCGUGAGAAGGCCAAGGCCCGCACGGACCACGGAGUGGACAGCACCACCGUAGUCUCCAACAACCACCACCACCCCCCAGUCUUUUCCGGUGGCACCUCUCCUCGGCGUAGCACCUCUGUCAGCGAGAGCCUGGGCUCCGUCGCCUCCUCUUCUUUGCCACCGCCGCCACUGCUGCCACCGUGGCAGGCCCCCCCCUCGGAAGACGAGACCUCUGCCGCUCUGUCUCAGCAAGGCUUGUGACUCUGUCCCUCGGCCCCCCACUCGCCCCCGCCCCCCACGCAGAGCUCGUCUCCCAUAGACCGGCUUUAGCCCCUGAAAGACGGGCCGAGCGACCCUCCCCACCCUGGCUCCCCAUGGCCUGCUGGACCUUUGAGGUGGCCCUCGGGCACGCUGUCUCCCGUUGGGCACAGAAAUGGCCUCCACGGCCUCGCGUGAUGUUUCUUUGGGUGGGCAGUGGGGGUUCCAAGUAUGAAAUUUGAAUGUUCCAGUUCCCCCCUCUCCCCCUCCCUCCAUAAAGGAAGGUUUUUCUGGUCUAGCUGUGUAGGAGGCCUGGCCUGCCGUGCCCACAGUGGAGCCUGGUGGGAGCGGAGUGGGGGGAGGAGGGGAGCGUUGCUCUCGUCCCUGCUUAGCCCCCAACACACUCACUGCCCCCCAGUCCUGUUGAGUCUCCGCCGCAGCGUCUCCCGCUGCCUCCUCCUCUCUAACGCUGGUCUGUAUUAUUCUGAGGCAUCCUAACUUCAUGCUUUCUUGGAACUCUUUUAACUCCCCGAACCUUCCUCCCUUUUUCUUGCCCUUCUUCUUCUUUCAUCGUGAUUUUAAAAGACAAAAGUGUUGCUGAUUACUGUCGCUUCAUUGCAGGCUCAUGCUACUACCCCCCACCCACCCACCCAAUGCCGCACCCCCCCAAUGCCGCACCCCCCCCCCUCCGCCCCAUUUCCCCUUUUGCCAUAGGAGAAUUAAAAGAACCAUUAACCACUGCUGCAGUGCUGCUGGCAUCUUAUCAACAUAUCCAGCCAUUUUAACUGUAUUCUUUUUGUUUUAAUUUUAUUUUUCCUUUUUUUUGUGUGUGUGGUGGUUAUUUUGUGUGUGUUUAAACAUUUGCUUUUGAAAUGAUGAUGGAGCAAACGUACAGUAAGCAAUGUCAAUUUUAAAACAAAAA